GGAAAUGCAACAUGCAAGAAUGAAACUAUUUGUGGCCCUGGAAUAUGUUACGUUUUAGAUGGAAAUUACAUGUGUUCGUGUAACAACGGUUUUGCCUUUGUCAAUAAUACAUGUAUAGAUAUCAACGAAUGCGAUGGGAAUAAUUCAUGCGAAAUGGAAUGUAUAAAUACGUUCGGUGGCUACAAUUGCAGUUGUUCAAAAGGCUAUAAGCUUGACGCCAAUUUUAGAAAUUGCACUGAUAUUAAUGAAUGUCUAUCUGACGAUACAAAUAAUUGUUCAGGAGAUGCAAAUUGUGUUAACAUUGAUGGCGGAUUUAACUGCUCAUGUUCGAUAGGAUACAACGGGACUGGUUACGUAUGUGAAGACAUCAACGAAUGUGCCAAUCAGCCGUGUUCUAAUAACAGUAAAUGCAACAAUACAAUUGGAUCCUACACUUGUCGAUGCGUUGACGGAUAUAUACUAAAUGAAGGGGAAUGCGAAGAUUUCAACGAAUGUGUUUCGGCCGAAAGAUGCGAUAGUAACGAACUUUGCAAAAAUUUUCCCGGAGGCUUUGAAUGUGAAUGCAAGGCUGGGUAUACAAUAAAUGGAACAGAAUGUGAAGAUAUCAAUGAAUGUAAUGAAGACCCAUGUGAUGUAAAUGCGACAUGCGAAAACAGAGAAGGAUCAUUUCUAUGUUCUUGUAAUAAAGGGUAUUACGGAAGUUCACCAAUAAAUCACGAUACGGUGUAG